CCCCAUCUCGCGAUACCAAGGCGCAAGAGCGGCUCUCGAUCGGUCAGGGCUUACGGGGAAGAUGGAGCGUCCCACGUUGACGCUGUCCACAGUGGAGACCGCGGACGGCGGAGGGGCCGGGCCAUACAACAGCUCCGAGGAGCGGGAGGGCCGGGAGCCAGACGGGGUGCGCUUCGACCACGAGAGGGCGCGCCGCCUGUGGGAAGCCGUGUCCGGUGCCCAGCCGGUGGGGAGGGAGGAAGUGGAACACAUGAUCCAGAAGAACCAAUGUCUCUUCACCAACACCCAGUGUAAGGUUUGCUGUGCCCUGCUCAUUUCUGAGUCCCAGAAGCUGGCACAUUACCAGAGCAAAAAACAUGCCAACAAAGUGAAGAGAUACCUAGCAAUUCAUGGAAUGGAGACAUUAAAGGGGGAAAUGAAGAGGCUAGACUCAGAUCAGAAGAGCAGCAGGAGCAAAGACAAGAACCAGUGCUGCCCCAUCUGUAACAUGACCUUUUCCUCUCCUGUUGUGGCCCAGUCACAUUACCUGGGGAAGACCCACGCAAAGAACUUAAAGCUGAAGCAGCAAUCCAAUAAGGUGGAAGCCUUGCACCAGAAUAGAGAGAUGAUAGACCCAGACAAGUUCUGCAGCCUCUGCCAUGCGACUUUCAACGACCCUGUCAUGGCUCAACAGCAUUAUGUGGGCAAGAAACACAGGAAACAGGAGACCAAGCUCAAACUCAUGGCACGUUACGGGCGGCUGGCGGACCCUGCUGUCACUGACUUUUCAGCUGGGAAGGGCUAUCCCUGCAAGACGUGUAAGAUAGUGCUGAACUCCAUAGAACAGUACCAAGCUCACAUCAGCGGCUUCAAACACAAGAACCAGUCACCAAAAAUUAUGGCAUCAUCCCUGGGCCAGAUUCCCAUGCAAAGGCAACCUAUUCAGAAAGACUCAACCACCUUGGAAGACUAGAGAUGUUUCUACCCACUACCUCAUGUUGGACCAGUGUGAGCCAGCUUCCUGUGACUGGUUAGCCCUUGGUUCCCUCUUUCUGCUUUCUUAAACCAGGAGAAUACAUGGGCCUGAGGCAGGAUGGGGCCACAGACAGCCUCUGAUUGGUCUAAGCUAAUUCACUUCUGCUCCUCCCUUUUGGUACAGGCACUAUAGGUCAUGACAGGGGAGAUAAAGACUCUUGAAAGGACUUGGAGUCUUACACAGUAGUAGUUUGAAGGAUGACUUUUCCCUUUCCACAGUCCCUCUGGGCUGCAUGUGCUGAGGUCCUAGCACCUGUCUUUCCUCUAAGAGCCAAUCUUGGACCAAUUGCUGCAGCUAAAGAACAGAGCACUUCCUGGGCUCUAGGCAUCUCUGGUGAAACCCAGAACCUUCAUGCCAGGCUUUGGCCCAGGGCAGGAAACAGUAAGUGGUGUGGCUGUGACAUGGCAGUUUGGAGCUGAUAUGACACUACCCCUCUCCCAAAAAAGUACACACUUUCCUCAGCCUUGGACCAGGUACUGGCCAAUUGUGCAGGUUUCUGCUGACUGUGAAGUCCCCUCCUGGAGCAAUGACAUAGUCCUGGCAGAGCACUGCUAUCCUUCCUACCCCUUUUCCACAAUUCCUGAAUGGUGCUAAGGAUCUGCAGCACCUGGGGACAAGCUGGAACUGGAGGAGCCUCAGUGACUAGUAGGAUCAUAGGAAACUCCAGUGGGAAUGGAACCUUUCCCCUUCUCCACCAGGGGUGCUAUGACCCAAGAUCAUGUGGGAAAGUCCCCCACAUGCCAGUUUCCUGGAGGCUUCUGUGUGCCAAAAGCAAACUGCCUCAUGCCAGCCAGCCUGCCCCUCAACCCUACCAGUCCUCUCUUUCUCCUUGUGCAGCAGACCACCCUACCCAGGUUGCUAUGGUGCUAGCCUUUCCCCAUCAUCCACCAGAUGAUUUCUGGGUGCCCAGGAGCUCUAUAGAUGGUAUCCCAGGGAAAGAAAUGGAGAGCUGAUGCACGUUUCUACAGUAAGGAAGCAGAUGUUCCCAAGGCCCCAAACCUAGAUUUCUCUAACUCUGCUGCAUUUUACAGCCUAGGACUUGACCGGGGGGGGGGGGGGGGUAGAUUUUUCCUUGUAGCUUUCAUUCAAGAAUUCCAGGGAAUGUCACCACCAGAGAGGCUCCUCUUCAUUGAAUCAAGCCCCUACCUGCUCUUGUGGCCACCUCUCCCCACUUCCUAUCACUUUACCUGUGAAAUGCCUUUGCAUAUUGUGUGUGUGUGUGUGUGUGUGUGUGUGUAUGUGUGCUUAUGCUCCGUUUUGUGGUCACUGAA